UCAUGGUAGGGAGAACAUGUCAAAGUAAGGGUGGGGUCAUCUAAGAUAGCACAAGGGUUAAUCCUUCCAGAACAAGCAGUUUUGGACACACGGUUUUGUCCUUUCAAACCUGUCUAACUUGGAACAAAAUCCCAGAAUGCGUUCGACAGCUCCCCACACUUCUAUCUUUCUCAAAACAAUUAAGAUGAUGGCUGCUGGAAAACCAAACUUGCUCUCACAACUAACACUAGGAAAAAUGCCAUAAAACUGUUUCCCAAACAAAAGUCAAAAUAAAACAUGGGGGGGGGGGUUUCAUAAAUGUCCGUAGUAUUGUCUGAUUUUGGCAAUUUUUUUGUAGUAGUACAAGAUGUAUUUCAAAUCCAAUCAACAUUUACAUGAAAUGAAAUAUAAGUCUACACAAGCCUUUUGAAAUUUCCUUGAUGUAUACGUGGUAAACUAUGUAUUUUAAACCUUUUUUAACUUAAUCUAUGUUAUGUUGAUUUUAUGUGAUGCAAUUUCAUGGUAACCCUUGUGCCAUUCUAGGCACUUUACCAUUGGGAGUUGGGUAAUCUAGAUCCACUAGACAGUGCGCUGAACCUUUUUCUAAUGUACUUUUUUAUUUGAUUUCUUUUAUCUACAGUCUCUAGGUGGCUGACCAUGCUCAGCACGGGACAGAGGAUGAAAAUUAGCUAAGGCUACAAGAAUGUACAGUGUUUCUCUAUUUUAGAGCACUCCACGCUGUUUUUCUAUGCAUUGUUCCUGUAAUAAAUACAAUACAAUACAAUACAAUAAGGUGUGGCUGAAGUUCUGCUCCUGGAAAAGAGGCAGUCAACCAGCACCACUUUAAACGUGUUUUUCAUGGUUAUCAGUUUAAAAAAACUAUAUUUGACAUAAUCUUUCUUCAAAAACAGUUUGCUGUGUAACAUUAUUAAGCCUUUUUUAGAUCAUCUUAACUAUACUGCAUAUCGGUUUAUGUUAAAAACAUUGUACUUUUAUUAGUUUCAACAAACCUGUCCCUGUUUAUUUGCAGUGUAUUUGUCUGUAUUUGUCAUUUAGAGAGAGCAUUUCCUUUUUGGGAACCUGAAUCCAAGAUUCAAGGUGAACACGAAAGCGGGUGCGCGCGCACGAGCGGGAGCGCGCAGCAUCGCUGUCAUCAGUACAACAUCAGCAUCUUCCGGGGGCGCGCAGAGAACCGGGAGGAGGAGGACGCAGAAAGAGAGAUGAGAGAGAGACAUAGCGGGGGAAGGAUUUCGACCAGACCGUGCUGAUAAUGGAGUCGAGGCGGUGGAGGAUGUCGGGAAAGAGGACUGUUGAUAUUUGACAGAGGGGUCGCCCAGAGAGCCGCUCUUCCUUUUUUUUUUUCUUUUACCCUUUUUUUUGGGGGGGGUCUUGUUUUGUUCUUUUCUCCGUUGGUUGCCACAUGCUGCGUGGACGUUGAGGGCGCGCGGAGGAAGGGGAGCUCCCUCACGUAUGCCUCGGAAGGCGGGAUCGGGCUCCACCGCCGGCGCUACGGGCAGCAACCUGGUGAUGAUCACGGAGAGCCAGGAGAGCCUGAUGGAUGAGGACGAGAUGCGGCUUUAGCACCCCUCCACCCGAGAAACAAAGGGAAGACUGUGGAUGGCGCCGUCCUCCUCGUUUCCAGUGUAGCCCCGAGGAGAGCAGCCUGAGACGGCAAUGUUGAAUCACUGGUGUCGGUAAAUUAUUCAUUAGAGAGGGAAAAAGGCGAUGAUUUUAUAUUGCUUUAAUGCCCCCCCUCCCCAUGCUCAUUUUGAUUAUGUUUGAUCUGAAUUUCCCGGUUCUGUUCUCAUUCCAUGGUUUUUUAAGGUCCGUUUGAAGGGAACUGGAUCCUGACGUGUGACAAGCAAAGGGAUUUUUUUUUCACACAAACAUAUUUUAAUUUAGAGUCAAGAAAAAGCAGGACGGGGGUGUCUGUGAGAAGCAAAGACCAAACAUGUUGCCUUCCCAAGAAGCCUCCAAGAUCUAUCACGACAAUUAUAUGCGCAACUCCCGGGCCAUCGGGGUGCUGUGGGCCAUCUUCACCAUCUGCUUCGCCAUCGUCAACGUGGUGGUGUUCAUCCAGCCCUACUGGAUCGGCGACAGCGUCAACACGCCGCAGGCCGGCUACUUUGGCCUCUUCCACUACUGCGUGGGCACCGGGCCGUCGCCCAGCCGGGAGUUGACUUGCGUGGGCAGCUUCUCCGACUUCAGCUCCAUCCCGUCCGGAGCCUUCAAGGCGGCCUCGGUGUUCGUGCUGCUGUCCAUGGUGCUGAUCCUCAGCUGCAUCGGCUGCAUGGCGCUCUUCUUCUUCUGCAACACCUCCACCGUUUACAAGACGUGUGCGUGGAUGCAACUGCUGUGCGGAGUGUGCCUGGUCCUGGGCUGCAUGAUCUUCCCAGACGGAUGGGAUGCGGAGGUGAUCCGGGACAUGUGCGGGGAGCAGGCAGGGAAGUACUCUCUGGGCGAUUGUUCUGUGCGCUGGGCCUACAUGCUGGCCAUCAUGGGCAUCCUGGACGCCCUCAUCCUUUCCUUCCUGGCCUUCGUUCUGGGAAACCGGCAGACGGACUUCUAUCUGGACGACCUGCAGACGGACAACAAAGAUUUUGCUGUGUCCAGGAUUGAGGUGCGGGACAGAAGAGAACCGCGGUACGGAGUGCAGCGUCUCCGCUGAGGGCAUCAGCGACUCCCAACAACCCCUUUUUCCCCUCCUCCAUUGUCGCCAAUGAUCAGGAUUUCCUCCCAAUCUCAAUGUAGACACCAAGUGUAAAGGAUACUGUAAGAUAAAAAAAAGAACAAACACACUGGGAUAUAACUAUAUUUUGAGAAAAAAACAAUGACAAUUAUCCAAGGUUGUACAGUUCAUUUAACACUUUCUUGACAAAUACCUUUAUGAUAAAAAAACAGAUUUACUGUAUUUUAAGUCUUAAUUUGUGUGAGAAAUUCAAUUCCUAAGAUGAAGAACCAUAAUGUCCAUUUUCUGAGUAUGUCUUUGAAACGUUGCUAUUUACUGAGUUUUUGUGCAUUCGUAUCGUCAGAGAGCAGGGUGUUCUUUGUUCAGAGGUGGAGUCCACAACACGGCCAUCAACACGCAUACAAAACAACAGGGAGACCUAUGGCUCUUCAUCUGAGGACUUUUACAAUGUGAGGGAUCUAAAGGAGCACCCCAUUGCAGCUUUACAGAACUUAACAUCUCUGGGAGAUUCUCUUCUGUACAUACGGAAUGAUGUAAAUAACAUAAAUGCUGACGAAAACAGCCAACGACAAAACCUCAUCCUACUCCAAUGCAUUCGAGUAUUUCUACCCCGGUUUCUUUGUCUGGGAAAUCGUCCACAGAUGCGUUGCGUGUCUGUGACUCCUCCUAGACGCUUGGGAAUAAAACAGAUAUUCCACAGCUGGAUAAUCCACAGAAUCCCAAGGACAGUGUUUGAUUCAGGAUUUUUUUUGUUUUUUUUAUGGUUUUUGACAGGGAAAGGACACUUCCACUAAACAAGCCAACAACAACUACUUCUGGAAUACAUCCACAGUAUCUUGUUGUCAAAGUGUGCUCCCCUUCAACAUCUCAGCACCCCCCCAUUUCAAGUGUGCAGUUUACUCUACAGAUGUCUUAAGACUGCUUUGCGUCGUCUUAAGGUGAUGUCACUUGAAAACCUGUUCAGAGGAGCAGUGCCUGCUUUUGUCCCACAGGUGGGACACACCGCCCUUCUCCAAAACAUUAGAAAAAAGGACACUAAAAGGGGCAAAACAAAAUGGGAACGUGACUGGAAAAGUUUCUCAAAGUAAUUCAGAUUCAUCAACAUGAAAGUAUGGAGGACUAAAAAGGACCAAAUUAAAAAUCUGUUAACAGAGUAAACCUACAUUUUAGUCAGACAAUUAACAUUAAAACAGUUUUUUUAAAAGAACAAAGCACUGUUUUUGCAUAAAAUAAACUGAUACCGCUAAACCAAAUGUUACUGUGACUUUGCUAACUCCCAACCAACUCCCCCCAAAAACCCACAGUCCGACAUUUUCACCUUUCGGCAUAUACCGUCAGGGGUCACAGAGUCACAUAGGUGGUUUGGCAGCCAUUUUUUUCCUGGAUGCCCUUCCUGACUACAAAGUUUGUUUAACCAGGAUCAACGAUUUUAUUGGAAAAGGUAUCAAACAUGCUUUAGGCUGACCCACAAAGAAUGGCUGUGGUACAGAAAUACAUUCAUUUGUUUCUACUUUUAACUACAUUUCUGUCAAAAUAAAUAUUUAAACCAAAUCAAAGAUUCUAUAUUUACACAUUUUGCAGAAGUUUUAGUCCUCCAUGCAAAAAUGCUGGAGUGCAUUAUUAUGAAUUGAUUUGUAAAUUGUUUUAUCCAGCACCCUAAAAUAGUAAUAGAACACUUUUGAGGUUUGAUCUGUCUUUUUGCAUCAGAAAUGUUUCACCAAUCCAGCUAAUGUUAUCCAACGCUAAUGUAAAGUAGCUGAUUAUCAAACUCCUGGUUCUGUUUGAUUAGUAAGUCUGAAAUCAAACAUAAAGCAGUUUAAAGCUCAGCAUUGCACCAACAUAUAGAGCCUUAAAGUGCAGCAUGAACAGGUAGCACGCUAAUGCCAAUCCUGAUAAAGACACGUCUACCCAUAGAAAACGUGAAGAAGGGCUUGGUUAACUUGAUUAGGGUGAAGCAUUCUUUUUUUGUUGGAAAUUGUUGCACUACAGUAAACCAAUCUAAGGUUGUGUCACUACUGACUACUUAGUGCACUCUGUGGGGCGUUUACCAUUUUUUUUGGGUUGUCUGCAUCUUCAAUUUUGACAAAUGAAAAACUACUGUUCGUCAAUGCUCACUAGAUUGGUAAAUAUUGACCACAAUGCAUUUUUCAAAUUUGUAAUUUGAAAAAUGAAUCCAAAUGUAUUUUUUAUAACGUUUUCAUCAUCAGAACACAGUGGAAUCAUAAAUAAUCUUUGAUAUUUGCCAUUUAAAAAACAAGUAGUGAGCAUGAGUCCAAAUUUGAAUAAAGUGUUCUGGAGAGUCCCGCACUAUAAAGUCCGUCAGGGGUUAGAGAGUAGUGAUGUAACUCUGCAAUCAUUUUUGAUAUAAAAUAAGUUCCAGGAUUUCCUAAAACUCCCAGAAGACCUGCAGGUUACAUAACGAGGAGCCAGAGUUAUACUAUAUAAAAAGAAAUACCUGGGACGGGUGAAAUCAUUAGCAAGAGUGACUCGACGUGGUUCCCAAGAGCUGCACUUCCUUCAUCCGUCUCCACCAGUGACGGUGAUCGUCGUGAUUUGGGUGACAACUGGGAAUCCAUGACGAGUUGCAGUUGCACAACAUGACAAAGCAGGCUGCUGUAAUCCAGGGCACUAGGGGUUUGGGGGGGGGGGGCUCAUUCACCCCCCCAAAGCAGCACUUCAGGCUGACACAGAGUAACCGAAACUCCCAAAGCUUGGCCUAAGUCACGACAGAAUUAAAAGGAGCUGUGGAUAAUUAUUUCACAGGAGAAGCCGGCAUGCUAUGCCCAUUGAAUGGUGAUGUGCAGCGAUCUAGCAUGAAGCAGAUGAAUUCACGUCAUCUCAGUACGGUUUUAGCGCUCUGACAUGAAAAUGAAGCCUUUUUACUAUCAAAGUGUAAUCCGUGUGGAGCUGUUGAGGAUGCACUCUUAACAUGUUCACUGUGGACAAGUCAAAAAUAAUUUGUCUCCGUCGUUACUUGAAAAUUGAAGCUGAAACAUUUAGGUUAAGUGUUAGUGUAAGAUAAAUGACGCCUAACCUGGUUCAUCCUAGGUUAGUUUCUGGUGCGUUCCUACACCGUAUAUCUAGAAUGAGCAGAUAGCUAGAGGUGUGGUGUGUUUUGUAGAGUGGAUGCUAGCUAACUCUCAGGAAGCUGUGAAUAAAGUACUGUAUUAAAGGCUCAUUAUGGAAACCAACAGGUGAAACAUGCAAGCAGAACUUUGACCUUAAGAGACCCUUGUGAUGGCACUGCAGGUACCGUAGUUUAGAGUAGAGGUUUCCAAAAUAAGUCUUUGAGACACUAUAAUAACAGCCCUUAUUGCUGAAUCUAGUGAUGCUGUCUGUGCAUGAUCUGCAUAGAUCCCCUAUCUCUAUUGUCCACGAAAGAAAGGAAAUUUGGUUUUGGUAGAUUUGUUUUCAUUCUUACUCAGUAAGUCACUGUAUGAAGGAUGUAAGGAACAUACAUCUCUAAAGACACAAACCUAAACAGGAUGAAAAUUAGGGGUUUGCUUCUGUGAAAUCCCUUUUUUGAACAUUUAAUAUCCAGAUUUUUACUGUUUGUUAUUGGCUCAACUGAGGAACUUGUGGUACCAUCAGGUACUGCCCGUUUUAUUAGUUUACCAUCUGCCAAAGAAUGACAGGAAAACAGAGAUAAAAACAUGGUUUUUUUGCACCACUGUGGUCUGUCACGUAGAGCACAUUGUUGUUUGGAGUUUUAGUUAUGUUGUGGCGCACCCUGAGUUUUUUUUUUUUUAACAGACUGACACCUCAAAGCUUUGGAGUACUGUGCCCCAGCACAUUUAGCAGUCACAUAAUAUUCGUGCCCACAUACCAUGUUCUAGCCCAACAGAACAGUCACAAUAGCCUGUAGAAAUCAAUGUAUAUGAGAGCUAGACUUGGUGAGUGUGACACCAUGUAUAAGAAAUGGUUUAUUUUCGGCUCCAACCAAAUUAAGUCAAUUCAGUCUCCAUUUUUUUACAAAAUGGAUGCCACCAUGUCGGAGCCAGACGUCAUCAGUAAGCAGUAACCCGAGUUGGUCUGAGUCACCGUUUCUAUGGCAACCCUCACACCAAUCAGGAGUGAGGUUGUUGGAAGCCCACACCCCUACCACUUGAAAGGGGGCUAUACAAAUUCUGUCAGUCAUUUUGAAGGUUGGACGUGAGAUCCAACAGGCUCGACCUACUUUUUUUGAGGCAUCUGAUUGAUCAGUUUAUAACUUGAACGUCUGUAGCUUGAUGGAAAUCUCUGGGCUUUCCUUUGGCUUCUUGGUGCUUUGGUGAAUUCCUGUUUGGAACGCCGGGGGUGUUUAAUUAGCCUAUUUCUCAUAUACAGUUAAUGGUAGAAACGGACUUUGGACUCACCAGUCCUCAGGCUCAGUUCAUUUCUGCUGAGUGAGAACAGUCCCUAUGUUUUGUUGUCAAAGCCACCUCUGGUUUGACAUGGCUGCCAAAGGCCUCCGUGCCAGCUCUUUACCAUCCAGCCCUUUUAGAGGAAUGCGGUGUUAAGCACAGACUCCAGAUUCUUUCUGUAGCAUCUGGAUCAUGAAAUAAUGAGAUACAAUGAACCACCGACACAAAGCGUGCCAUCCAUUUGUAGGAGACGACUUCAGUGGGUCAAACUGGGUCUGCUGCUCAAGCCAGCAUGGCUGAUCGACCCGACACAAAUGCUACUUAAAGAAAGAGAUGUCCUACAACAGAACAUGACCAACAUGAGGAGGAGGUACUGUGGCUUAUACUUCCUCACUAUGCUUUUGUUUUGAGUGGACAAACUCAGACAUGAACUCAUUGGGUAAUCCCAAAAAUGCCUGUUCCUUACAAAUAUGGCUCUGUUUAAAAGAGCAAUAAAGAGGAAUUGUGGUCAUGAAGCAUUAAAACUAAACUUCUACCAAACACAAAUUUCCUACACUUUGUUAGGUUUGUUACUAAUGUGUUGGGCCAAUCUUCACGAGAGGUUUCCCUCGGUUUAGCAAGAAAAAAAUCAAACAAUUAAAACAGAACGAUCAAUUUGGGAAGUUCUUGCCCUUCUGCUAUUAGGUGCAAUUAUUCACCUUAAACAGACUAUUUACACUUUUUAAAGGAGUUGCAUUAGGCAAGCAGUAAAGUGUCUUUCAUUUGACUUAACCAGGUAAUACACUGAUGAUAAACCUACAGAAAAAAGGGAGGGAAAGCUGCCUGAGGCUAAAAUGGUCAUUGGCUCCCAAGCAUGAGAACCUGUAUGAUCCCAUGUCGUCUCCAGGUCCAGAGGACUGCCACAAAGACCUGACCUUAACCCUAAUGAGCACAUAUUUGUACCACUCCAGGUGCCUCUAAGAACUCUUGAUUCAACUCUGAUGUGGUGCAGAACCAGCAAAACAAGUAGUGACAAAGUAGUUUUUUUUUUCUACAAAAGACUACAAACUCAGACUGAGCUUUGCAAACGAGUUUAUCUACAGACUUGAGGUCAAUUCAGUUUCAAGAUAAAAAUAAAUAGAUAAACAAUACAGCUUAACUUGAUUUAAAGUGGAACUUUAUUGACACUUAAAAGUAGAUUUGAUUUUCAUUUUGACAUAGGACUAUCAAAGCUGAAUUCACCUCCGUCUCGAAUGACAGGAUUGUUAAAAAAAAAGUGAAAAACAUUGAAAACGAUAAAAAGAGUCAGUGAGGAAACAACUGCAAUCUCUCGCCACAGACAUGACAGUGGUGGACUGUGUAAAUGUCAUGGAUCUGUCAAUGAUUUAUCUUUUUAUCAUGCAAUAUCAUGUAUAAAGACAUAUGUUAGGGGUUGGGAUAGGUCAGGAGCAAAAAUGAUUCAUGUUUAGUGACUUAUGUUAAUAUAGUUGACUUUCUGUUAACUCCUGAGAUGCAGAUAUUGCCAAAAUAUCAUCAACUGUCAUGUGUUAAUCAUGAGAAAAUAAAAAAAAAUUAUAUAUAUAUAUAUAUAUAUAUAUAUAUAUAUAUAUAUAUAUAUAUAUAUAUUUAUUUUGGGUUUUAUACAACAAAAAGAGAAAUAUACUGAUAUUUGUCAAGUAUUUCUUUGUUUUUAUGUGUUAUUUGCAGUCUCCUUACUUUCAGUUCUGGUUUCUUCUGUUUUGCAGUUGUUGUUCGGUCACACCAGACUUCUCAGAUUUAGUUUGAACUCACUAAUGGAUGGCUGCUUGUUGAAAUGUUCAAAGCUUGUUUAUAGCCCAAAAUGUACAAAAAAAAAAAAGAAAGAAAAAAAACAUAAAAAGUAUGUUUAUAAAGUUGCUUGAUCGUUGAUAAGUGGCCAGACUCUGAAGAAGGCCUGUUGCUUGUCAUGGUUUA